CCCCGUCUCUCUCUCCACUCCUUCCUGUCACUCUAACAAACUUUCUUUACAAAACAAAACAAAAUAAAGGUUUUCUUUGAUUCCUGGCUCUGUGUUGGUGCUGAGUGUUGGAGUCAGGAUACUCCAGCUGGGAGGUGUUGGGUGGAGGAUAUGAGUUUAGAGGAAUGUAGAACUCAGACGUUAGCGACAGGAAGUCUGAGAGGAGAAGGCCUCCCAGCAUGUGGAGGAUGUCUGGGUCUGCAGUACGACACAGAUGAAGCAGGUUUGUUUACGGGGAUCUUCCAUGUUUAACAACGUGCCGCGCUUGAUGAGCUGUCACACUGAGGAUGACUGUACCUGCACCACCCUCUCUACACCUGUGUUGGCAGCUCCUCCACAGAAGACUUCUGCUCAGAUCACAGCUCUUCAUCAAGUGUGUAUCAGAGUGCAGGCCAUCAGGUUUCUCUGCCAAACACGGCCACUGACCAAGGGUGGAUGGAACUCAAAAAACUCGAAAUACAGAAAACUCAAAAUACUUCAGAGUCCUCCAAAGAAUUCCAGAAAAACUCUCCAGUUGGCGGCAGUAAUGCACCGACAGAAGAAGAAAACGAUGCGGACGUCACAGUGACGCAGUAGGAAAUGUAGUUUUCUCGGAUGUUUCUUCGUUGUGGCGGAGGUCAUGAUGCUCCACAAUGAACCCGGCCCGUAAACGCCUCAAACUGUCCAGACCUGCUGUCGCCACCGCUGCCACCACCCGGACCACCAGACCGCCACGCUCCGACCCUCAGAUCCUUACCCGCGAUGCUUUGCUGCCUACGCCCCCUGCAGGAGCAGCAGGGGGCGUAGAGGAGGAGGAGGAGGGUUACCUGCUGGUAGAGGAAGACACCACCGACUCAAGCCUCAUCAUCACCAUGGAGGACAGUCAGGUGGAGGUGAAGUCAGCGAGGAGGAGGGCAGUGAGGAAGAAGAGGAAGAAGCUGACAGAGGAGCAAGAGGAGGGGGAAGGAGCCUCAGAGAGUGAGGAGGAGGAGGAGGAGGAGGUGGAGAUUGACAGACACCUGGACCAAUCACUGGAGACAAAGUCUAAACAACACAACCUAACCACAGUGAACGUCCGCAACAUCAUCCACGAAGUGAUCACUAACGAACACGUUGUGGCCAUGAUGAAAGCUGCCAUCAACGAGACUGAGGCCGUCCCUCCAUUUGAGCCCAAAAUGACCCGAUCCAAGUUUAAAGAGGUCGUGGAGAAAGGAGUGGUGAUCCCAGCCUGGAACAUUUCUCCCAUCAAGAAGUCGAGUGAUGUCAUCAAGGCUCCUCAGUUCGUUGACAUUCCUCUGGCUGAUGAAGACUCCUCUGAUGAAGAGUACCACCCUGAUGAGGAAGACGAGGACGAGACAGCUGAAGACACCUUCCAGGAGAGCGACAUGGAGAGCACCACUUCGUCUCCCAGAGGGAGUCGACUCACCCGGGGGGAGGAUGACAGCUGCAGCCCCUGGCAGACUUCUCGGAGUCGCUCCAGGCGCCAGAGGGUGGGACCUGUUUCUAUGGGACCUCCCCCUCCUCCCAAAGCCCCGCCUCCUAAGGCCGUGACUGACCGCACCUUCCUGGAGAAGCUUCAUGCAGUGGAGGAGGAGCUGGCUGUGUGCAUGGAGCCCUACCAGCCUCUGUCUCAGUCUGAGGACGAUGUGGGUCUCAUGGCGUACCGAACCCGAUCCAAACGUCCUCUACGGGACGUCCCACUGGGCCGGCUAGAGGCGGAGCUUCGAGCUCCUGACAUCACACCUGAUAUGUAUGACUCAAGCUCCGCCCAUGAGGACAGGGAGUGGACCGAUUGGCUGAGAGGCUUGAUGACGUCAGAAAUGGACAACGAAGAGGAGUGUGAUGAUGAAGAUGAUCCUGAAUAUAACUUCCUGGCCGACAUCGAUGAACCCGACCAGGAGGAUUACCGUGAUGACAAGGCUGUCCGCAUCACAAAGAAGGAGGUGAACGAGCUGAUGGAGGAGUUGUUUGAAACGUUGAAAGAGGACCUCACGGGACAGGAAGUUGAAGAUGAAGGUCAUGAGGAAGAGGAGGAGCCUCACGCUGUUCAAACACACACACCUGAGGAGGAGCACAACACAUCACCUGAUGAUGACGAGGUGGAGCACGGACCAAUCAGAGAGUUUCGUACCGUGAAGCAGCAGCUGGAGUUCAUGAAGAAGAAACGACACACACACACACUGUGUGACACGCACACACACAGUCCAGAGCUGCACAUGCUCAUGGUGGACGGACGACAGAAGAGACGACUGCAGCAACAGAUACAGCAGCAUGUCCAGCUGUUGGCUCAGAUUCACCUGCUGAGUUCACCUGUGGUCAAACUUCAGAGUGAGGCUGAGACCACCAAACAGUUCCUGUUUGAGUUGGACCUGUUGGCAGAGAGGAGCGAGCUGCUGAUGUCGUCAGGUCAUCAUGGUUAUCGCAGCACGUUCAGAGCCUCCAACCUGCAGGGGGCGCUGCAGCUGCUGGAGGAGCUGCGUCAGAGCCCUGUCAGCUAUCAGCCGCAGCUCCGCCCGCCGGACGCCAGAGGACACAUGCGCUGUUACCCUGUCAUGCCGGCUGAACUGGCCUGGCUCUUCGCCACCCGGCCUGUCUUCCUAUACCCGGAGCUGCUGCCCUGUGUAAGCCUGGACCCCGACCUGUACUGCCCCCGCAGGACGGCGGCCUUCACUGCAGCUGAAGACUGCCUCCUGGCUCUUGGUCUCAGGAACAUGGAGGGGUCAUGUGACCCAGCUAAGUUGGUGUCUCAGUUCCUGCUGAGGAAGACUCUGGUCCAGGUCCGCCGCAGAAUCCUGCAAUGCUGCAGGCCCGGUUUCCCUGACAACGUCGUCAAGGUCUUCAGGUAUCAGAAGGUCUUGUGGCCAAUGCUGGUCGCCUGUCGUCAUGUUGACCCGGCAGAGCAGCGCCCCCCAGUAGGGAGAGACGAGCAUGUCAUGCCUCUGUGGCUGGCGAGGAGUCUUCCUGUCAUCUGUCCAAUCAUCAAACAUUAUAACAGCCCGUCAGGCUCCUCCACAGAUGCCCCUCCACCCUGCAGGUCAGGUGGAGCCCGUCAGAGUCAUCUGUCCUCAGACACCUGCAGCUUCCCACAUGGGACCAGGUACCCCCCUCGCCUCCCCAAACACCUGGACUUCAGACGCAUCGGCUUCCUGCAGCAGCCCCUCCCCCCUCCUCACCCCCUACAUGAUGGACAGGUGGACUCCUCCCCCCCCCCUGAAGGACAGGUGGACUCCUCCCCCCUCUGUCGUCUCCUCAUGUCCAGGACUAACAGCCCUGCUGACAUCAUCAACACCUCCUCACUCUCCAUGACGACCAGAGAGCGAAUCACACGGCACUAUCAAACCCUGACCAGCCUGAGGAGGAGGGAGGAGCUUCCUCCUCCUGGAGGCUCCGCCCCCUCUCAGGUGGUGUUGCAGGAGAGAGAUGAUGUCAUCAGGAUGAGUGACGAAGAAAAGAGGGCAGAGGAGGAGGAGGAGGAGGAGGAGGAGAGCGAGGUCCUCCUGGCUUUGUCUGAAUCGUCUGCCAGCUCAACAGGAAGUGUCGCCGUCGACGACAACCUGGCUGACCCAGAGGAGGCGGAGUCAGAGACUGAACAGGAAGUGACAUCCAGAGAAGAAGAUGAGGAGCUGUUUGCUCAGGAUUAUCUCCUCAGAGUGUGUGACGUGGUGCAGGUGUGUCCAGGCCUCUUGGACCAGCUGCUGCAGGUGUUGGACGGGUUCUGUGGGUCCGUGGAGGUUCUGUAUGACGGGCUGAGCUCAGUGCUGCAGCCGUGGCCUCAGCUACUCAGAGACUUCGCCGCCUUCCUAAACCGAGAUCAGGCCCGCCGCUGUGGACUGCUAAUGGAGCAGCAGCUGUUUGAACGCAGCCGGCAGUUUCUACGGCGACUGGGCCGGAGCCUGGGAGAAGGCACCACCCUCUACCAGCAGGUGGUGUCAGCGCUGCAGAGAAGCUCCACCCCCCCACCUGAGGACAUGGACAAGAUCUCAUCCGCCCUCACAAAUCAUCCCGACCUGCAGGAGGAAUUCUGGGAUUUUUUCCAGCAACGUCAUGCCCAGCCGUCGCCCAUAGCAACAAGCUCCACAGAGACUGACCACAUGUCCCAGAAUCCUCCUGAAAAUAAGGGAGUGGACCGUGAAACCGGAAGUGACAGAGAGGAAGAGGAGGAGUCUGUUCGAGCGGUUCGUGCCAGAAACAUCUCGAUGACAUCACGUGGCGGGAAGGUUGUCAUCUGGACGCGUGAGGCGGACCGCGCCAUCCUGACCGCUUGUCAGCAGAGAGGAGCCAAUCAGAACACAUUCAGACGAGUCUCCGCCCAGCUCGGAGAUAAGACGGCCCAACAGGACAUUUCCUGUUUCCUCCAGGUGAGCCGCCGUUUUCACGACCUGAUGAACCUUUUCCACGCAGCCUGCCAAGAGUCCACUUCCUGUUCCUCAGAGCCAAUCAGCACGCAGGAAGCAGCUGUGGACUGAAACGCAUCACAGAGUGGACUCUGACCUGUGAGGUCGCUUCCUCUUGGACAGGUUGAUGGCAGAGCAAGCUGCUGUUCUGAUGAGUCCGGAUUCUGGUCCUGGACCUGUUGAACGUACUGCGGACAGAUUUUGAAGUUCUGGUUCUGAAGAUGUUACACAGUCCAGAACCUGCAGUGACCUACAGGAGAACGUCUGGACCUUCAGAGGUCACAAUGAGGUCAGAAGCAGAACCAGAACCUGUGUCAGACUGUUUGAAUCGAGGUUUAGUCUUCCCAUGAUAGUGGCCUUCUGUCGUUAUCGGUAAAGGUUGUGCUGACGUUGUGUGAAGGUUGUUCAAAUGUUUGUUCAUAUUGAAUGGGACUGAAGGUCUGUUUGCUUCAAUAAACAUUUUUUAAACAAAAAAUCAGA